GUGUGGAUGUUGUGCCAUCUUGCCUGCAGUAGGGUACUCUUGGAGUUUGUUUUGUUGUUCUGUACUCCCCUUAUUUACACAGUCUAUGGUCCUCAAGUUAGGCAGGUAGGUGAAGAGCUUAAAAUAACCCAAGUAACGAGAUCAUUAUUUGAUUAGUAACGGUAAUGUAAUUACUAUAUGAGCAACAAUAACGCGUUACAUUACUGCGUUACAGACAAAUGUAAUCCUGUUACAGUAACGCGUUACUUUGUACCGCGUUACCCCCAACACUGUUCACUAGCCCGCGCCAGCUGGUAGAGCAGUUCCCACGGCAACCAAUGGACAUGAAAGCAGUGAAGGAGGAAAUUGCAGAAGAAGAGGACGAUGAUGUACCAGAUCUCGUGGAGAACUUCGAUGAAGCCUCAAAGAAUGAAGCAAACUGAUGAACCCUCUCUCCCCCCUCCUCCGUCAACCGUUUUAUUGUUUACCUCUUACGGACUCACAAAGGGCAUUUCCUCUUGUGGGGUUGUUAAAGGUGCAACGCAUCAUCUCCAGAGACAUGAAUCACUCCGGGUCAGGCUGUGAAAACAGCACAACAACAUGCAGAUACAGUGGGGUUUUGAUAUCUGUCAGCAUUGUGUCCAGGAUAUCACAGCUACGUCGCCUCCAUGCACGUGUAGAUCUAAUCUCGUCAGGACACCAACUCUCGCGAUAAGUUUGUCAACAUUCACGUCCUCGUCCAACGAAAGUAGAAGAUUUGCUUUCUCAGCAGAGGCGAUCGUUUCGCUGAGAUAAUGUCUCAGGAAUCAAAAACCAGGACUCCAUCUGUCAUGUCUCUUCAUUCAUCUUCACAUAUGCAGAGCAUCCUGAGCAAAUUCAACAAGCUCCGGGAAAAGGACCUUCUGUGUGACAUCACUCUAGUCGUGGAGGAUGUGCAUUUCAAGGCGCACAAAGCCCUGCUGGCAGCGAGCAGCAACUUCUUCUCCCUCAUGUUCACAACAGAAGAACAGAGGUCAGGUCAGUCUACCUACAGGAUGGAAGGUAUGGCAGCUGGGAUGUUUGCAGCUGUUCUGGAUUUCAUCUACAGCGCUCAGAUCUCUGUGGAGGAGGGCGCCACAGAGAAGCUUCUGGCCACAGCUCGUCUUAUGGAGGUCAACGACCUCGUCAUGGGGCUCGAUGAUCUCUUAUGCUCUGCUACAGCUGAGAAGGGACACAAACCGAAGGGGCCAGAUCUGCUAAAACGCAAAAGAGGACGACCAAAGAAAACCGUACAUGUGCCUGUAACAGAGCCUGAGGGGAGAGGUGAACCACAGGAGAACACAGAGGAGGUGCAGGAUGGAGGCGUGGACUGUGAUGAUGGAGUAACGGAGCCUAAAGACGAUGCCGAUUAUAACCCAGCAGAGCACAAGGGUCGACAGAGCAAACGUAAGAUCAAGCCGCCUGUAAAGUUUGAGAGCUACAAGGUGGGAGGGGACACACAAGAACAAAAAGAGCCUGGGAAGAGAGGCAGGACGAGGAAAUACCCCAAUGUUGAGGUUCCAUGUGAGGAGUGUGGCAAAGUGUUCAAAAACCCACACUUCCUGAAGAUUCACCAGAGGACUCACACAGGAGAGAAGCCUUUUCGCUGCUCGGUUUGUGGAAAGUGUUUCACGCAGAAGUACAGUCUACUGGUUCACCAGCGCAUGCACACUGGAGAGAGGCCGUUUGUCUGCACCAUCUGCUCGAAGGCGCUCUCCACCAAAAACUCCCUGCAAGAGCACAUGAACCUCCAUGAAAAGGAGAAAUCCUUCAGCUGUGAGAAAUGUGGGAAGACGUUCACUCAGAAGAGGCAGCUCAGAAGCCAUUACAAAGUUCACACAGGUAAAUCUCUGCCCGAAUGUGAUCUGUGUCAUCACAAGUUUUUGGACACGGCUCAGCUGAAGAAGCACCUGAGGAUUCACACAGGGGAGAAACCGUUCACUUGUGAGAUUUGUGGGAAGUGUUUUACAACCAAGAGCACACUGCAGACUCACAUCAGAAUCCACAAAGGAGAGAAACCGUACAACUGCAACAUCUGCAAGAAAUCCUUCUCAGACCCCAGCGCCAGACGUCGACACGUCGCCUCUCACUCAGGGAAGAAACCCUUCACCUGCUCCUUCUGCAGCCUCUCCUUCACCCGCCUCGACAACCUGAAAACACACACCAAAACCCACAACAAGGAAAGAGUGACAGACGCUUCAUCAGACGCAGCAGACACAGGAGCUGCAGCGCCCCAGGAGGAGGUGAAGAACCUCCUGCAGCUGCAGCCGUACCAGCUGCCCUCCUCCUCCGAGCAGGAGAUCCAGCUGGUAGUGACGGCAGACGUGGACAACAUUAACUUUGUGCCGGGUGAGAAUCAGGAGAUAAGCAUCAUCACUUCAGAGGGGGAGACAGCAGAAUCAGCCCACUCCAGACUCACCCUCCUCACCCAGUCGACGGGAAACAUCCAGAACGUUGCUCUGGUCACACAAGGCGGCGUGGUGGACCAGAACCCUCAGAUCCAGACUAUCAGCAUGCUGGAGGGUCAGGUGACGCACCAGCCGGAGCAGAUGCAUGUCAUCACGCUGAGUAAAGAAGCCAUGGAGCAUCUGCAGGCUCAUCAUGGACCCCCGCAGCCUCUUCAGGUCACACAGAGACCCGUCCAGCAGCUGCAGGUGAUGCAGCAGCCGAUCCAGCAGCUGGAGUCAUCGCAGGGACAGGCGGGGAGGGAACAGCACAACCAGGCCAUUCACAUCAGCAGCCAGAGCAGCCAGCCCAUCUCCAUCAGUCAGACCAGCCAGCAGAUCUCCAACCACCACAUCCAGGGGCAGACGUUCCAGAUCCAGGCCGGGACCGUGUCCUACCUGUACACCACCGGGCUGCAGGAGAGCUGAGAGAGAGCAGGGACUGAAAGGUGCCAGAUUCAGAGUGAAGAUGCUGCUACAGGGAAGGUUAAUGUGAUAAACUAUGAACAAAACUAUCAUAAGGAUGUUUUAGUUUCCAUCAGUGAACAUCGCUGGUUUCACUUCAUGUCAGCACCGUCGAUCUCAGAGUGGGGACUUUCUUAAACAAGUGACCGAGUAUCGUGAGCCCCCUCCACAUAUGAACCCUGACAUUGUUUAGAUAACUUCAGGACAUUCAGGCUCUCAUCUUUUCAUGACCUAGUUAUUCACCUCAGGACUUGAUUUACUCCCUUUGGUUUUGGUUACAGCUGGAUCACACAUGAAGGAGCAGCAGGAGGAGGAGUCUCCAGUAAUGACAGCUGUUUCUGUGUUUAUAUAUGUGUUUAUAUAUCAGGUCAGUUACAUAUCAUGAUAGAGUAUCAGGACCUUUCCAGAGCACAAACAUGACAGCACAAACAUGAUACUGAAAACUGAGGUGAGUCGUGAAGAGAAACUCAUGGUGGAUUAAGAUGAGAUAAGACAGUCUUUUAUUGCAUGAUGGGACAGGGUCUUAUCUUAUCUUGAUAGUGGGUCUAUGUUAAUGAUAUAAACAAAGAGUACGAGCUAGACCUGCUCUUCUUCAAAGCAUCUUGAGAUAAGAUUUGUUGAGAAGAUUGAUCAAUCAAAAUAAGACAUUUGUGGAAAUCACUGUUGCGUGGGGCUAAAAUGUUGAAAUGUAGAGUCGGUGCUGCACUGGAGUGUGUACAGAAUAACGACCUUCAUGGAUGAAAUUCUCUGGAAAAAGAAUCCCUUUUGAAAUAAAAACAAGACAAACAAUCACCAGAGUUUAUCUUAGCUUUUAAUAUUAGCAUGAUUUACUGACAUGCAGCUGCAAACACAGUAAAUCAUUCAGAUUUAUCAUUCACUCACAUUCAGCUGUGAGUAAAGACGCAGAGUGCUCUGCAUGUCAGACAGCAGCUGACUUGUUAAACACGUCUGUGUUGCUGAGUAGAAACCAGUGGGUUGAAUCUCACAGGUUGGGUAGAGUCGUCCCAGCGGUCAGGAGACGCAGGCGAGACGGAUCCUGAGAAAAACAGCAGAGACUGAGCGGGAUGAUUGUGUUCCUGUUAGAGAGCAGAACUGUUAACUGUAUAACAUGAUAACAUAAACACAGACGGAUGUGAAA